GGCUUGAUCUUCCUCCUCGGCUUUGAUCUUCCUCUCCUCCGUCUCCAUCGGCUCCCCCUUCGUCGGCUCCCCCUUCGUCGGCUCCCCCUUCGUCGGCUCCCCCUUCGUCGGCUCCCCUGCCCACCCAAGACAUGGCCAUGAGUUCAGCAGCCACCCCAGUGGAGAUCUACAUCCUGAGCGCCUUCGUGGCUUUCCUCAUCGUCGCGGUCUCGUCGCUGGUCCGCUUCCGAUCCUCCAUCCAGCAGUCCAUCCUGUCCUCGCGCUCACGCUUCCUGGCCUCGCUGCCGAGCCACCAUGGCUCCAGCACAUCCUUCAUCAUCGGCUUCUUCCACCCGUACGCCGAUAUGGGCGGCGGAGGCGAGCGAGUCCUGUGGUCCGCCAUCCAGGCCAUCCAAGCCAAGUACCCGACUGCCAUCGUCGUAGUCUACGCCUGGGACCGCAUCGGCGAAAAGGACCAGGUCCUCGUGAAGGUCAAGAGCCACUUCAACCUCGCCAUCGACUCGGACCGGCUGCACUUUAUCAAACUGAAGGAUUGGAUUUGGCUCGAGGCGAGAAAAUAUAAGCGAUUGACGAUGGUGGGCCAGUCGCUCGGCUCGAUCUGGGUGGUCUGGGAGGCCCUGGGUGCCCUUGCCCCCGACAUCUUUGUCGAUUCCAUCGGAUGCGCAUUCACGUUUCCGAUCGUCAAGCUCUUUGGUGCCUCUGUCGUUGCCUACGUGCAUUAUCCCACCGUGAGUUCGGAUAUGCUCCAGAAGGUUGCCAGCAGGGUUGCUGACUACAACAACAAAGGAUCCAUUUCAUCCAACCCCAUCAAGAGUUUUGCCAAGCUGUGGUAUUACCGUGUGUUUGCUGUUGUCUAUGCCGGCAUGGGUCUCUUUGCCGACGUCAUCAUGGUCAAUUCCACCUGGACCUACAACCACAUUGUCUCAAUCUGGCGCCGCCCAAAGUCCACGACGAUCGUCUAUCCUCCCUGCAACACCGAACGGCUCCUCGCCAUUCCACUGAGCCGUCCCAGACAGCGCACCAUCCUCUCUGUUGCCCAGUUUCGACCCGAGAAGGCCCACAUGCUCCAGCUCGAGGCCUUCAAGCUCUUCCUGACGGAGAACCCCGAAUAUCGCGAGGGCGUGAACUCUGCCCAGCUGGUUCUGUUGGGCGGCAGCCGCAACGACGAAGACCAGAAGCGAGUCCAGGAGCUUGAGUCUGCCAUCAAAGUCCUUGGGCUCCAGGGCAAUGCCCAGAUCAUCGUGAACGCCUCGCAUGAAGUCCUUGGCCAGUACCUCUCCCAGUCCAUGAUCGGCUUGCACACUAUGUACAACGAGCACUUUGGAAUCGGUGUUGUGGAAUACAUGGCUGCUGGCCUGAUUCCCCUUGUCCACAAGUCCGGCGGACCGAUGAUGGACAUUGUCGUUCCGUUUGAGAACGGCCCGACCGGAUUUCUUGCCGAGACCGAGGAGGAGUUUGCAGCCGGAUUCAAGGCCAUCUUUGCCAUGUCCACGGCCGAGCAGAGCCAGAUGCGCGAGCGGGCCCGCAAGUCAGUCUCGCGCUUCUCGGACCAGAUCUUCAAGGACUCGUUCAUUCAGCAGAUCUCGCCUGUCUGCCAAAAGUACUGUGCCAAGCCAUAGAUCAAUACAGCCGAUCGACUCUGGCCGUCGUGCUGCCGUCGUACUGCCGUCGUGCUGCCGGCAUGCCCGAGCUGUUGAUUGGGAUAUCCCUGCCCGACGCC